UAGACCUUGCCUCACUUCUCACCCCAGAGUGGCAGCGUUACCGUCACUUCUAGCACAUUCCCUACGGCUAGAAAAAGGGAGUUUUCAGAGAGCGGUGUUAAGUUAGGAGUGUCUGCCAUGCCCUCAGGAUAGCAAGAGGAGUUUUAGGACAGGGGACAAAGUCCGGCGCAUUGGUCAUUCCCAGUGGCUAGGAAAGGGAGUUUUCUGAAAGGGGUUGUAGGUUCAGAGUUUGGACUGGGCCAUGUCUCUGCAAGGCGAUGUGUGUGUGGUGACAGGAGCCUGUGGGUUCCUGGGGGAGAGGCUGGUCCGGCUGCUAAUGGAGGAAGAGAAGCUCACAGAGAUCCGUAUGCUGGACAUACAUGUCCGACCACAACACAUACAGUGUCUGGAAGAGGUCAGAGGGGACACGCUGGUGAGUGUAUUUGAGGGGGACAUCAGGGAUAGUGAACUGCUGAGGAGAGCGUGCAAGGGUGCAUCGCUGGUCUUCCACACCGCGUCCCUCAUAGACGUCACCGGGAAGGUGGACUACGGUGAGCUUCACAGGGUCAACGUCAAAGGAACCCAGCUCCUUCUGGAGACGUGCGUCCAGGAGAAUGUGAUGUCCUUUAUCUACACCAGCAGCAUCGAGGUGGCAGGCCCCAACGCCAACGGAGACCCCAUCAUCAACGGUGAUGAGAAUACCCCCUACACAUGCUCCCUAAAGUUCCCCUACAGCAGGACCAAGAAGGAGGCAGAACGGGUCACCCUGCAAGCCCAGGGUGAGGUGCUCCAGAAUGGGGGCCGGCUGGCCACCUGCGCCCUCCGACCCAUGUACAUCUAUGGAGAGGGCUGCCGCUUCCUGCUGGGCCACAUGGGAGACGGGAUUCGUAACGGGGACAUGUUGUACCGUACCUCCCGUCCGGAGGCCCAGGUGAACCCUGUAUACGUGGGGAAUGCGGCCCUGGCCCACCUCCAGGCCGCCCGCGCCCUGCGAGACCCCCAGCGGAGAGCCGCCAUUGGAGGGAACUUCUACUACAUCUCAGAUGACACGCCUCCCGUCAGCUACUCUGACUUCAACCAUGUUGUGUUGUCGCCGCUGGGCUUCAGCAUCCAGGAGAAGCCUAUCCUGCCCAUCCCAGUCCUCUACCUCAUCUGUUUCCUCAUGGAGAUGCUGCAGAUGCUGCUCCGCCCCUUCAAGCGCUUCACCCCGCCCAUAAACCGGCAGCUCCUUACCAUGCUGAACACACCCUUCAGCUUCUCCUAUCGGAGGGCUCAGAGGGACAUGGGGUACACCCCGCGGUACAGCUGGGAGGAGGCACGCAAGCGGACCAUGGAUUGGGUGGCUUCCCAGUUACCCAAGGAGCGAGAGCGAAUAAAGGCUAAAUAAUUGCCCCACGAUCUGCUAAUAACACUUAACAUAUAACUCACCAUCCCCAGUCCAAGUGUAUAAUCCUCAUUACUGUACUCUGUAAAAGUUUAUAUUAAAGUUGUGUGAAAACCAA